AUGAGCCCUGGGGCUCCUAAAGUAGUGUGGGGCCGGGGCUCCACCCUAAUCUACGAAGACCAUGGAGCGCCUGAAUGGGACGACGUCUCAGGCCAGCUACUGCAUCAUUUUGCCUCUCCCUCAGCCGAGGGUACCGACGCCGAGCUCAGUGGUCUAUUCUGCGUCACUGCCGCAGAACAAUCCUGCAACGGCUUGCCCAGCAGGAGUAUUGAACAAUUGAGUCCUCGCUCUGCCGACUCUACCCAGAACACCGAUCUUGGUGUCACUCUCAGUAAAGACCCGACGACAAAGCGAAACCCUCGCAAGCAAAAUCAUUCCUGCGACCAGUGUCGGACUGCAAAAAGAGCUUGCAGCCUGCAGCAUAACGUCUCUAUUAAGGGGCAGAAGCCAAAAACUCCUUGCACAACAUGCAAUGUGCGCGGGUUAGAAUGCACAGUGGCAUGGCUGGUCAACAGGAAGUUUCAACAACAGACCCGAAAGAGGCCCAGGACUGCGUCUUAUGCUCAAAGCACGGAGACUGUGGUAGGGCCUUGUAUCGCGGCUUGCUCAGAAGGACAGGCAGAUACGUCCCCGGUUUACCGUGAAGUAUUCUCAUUGUCUAGAGAAGAUGACCUCGCCCGUCAGCUGGUUGGGCGUGACACGCUUUCACAGAGAUUUAACCUGUAUGUCGAUGUUAUCGAUAUGCCGAUCUCCCAAUGCCUUUUGCAAGGAAGCAUGCAUCCUCGCUAUAAUCUGGGAAUCACAGCCUUAGGGCCCCUCAGCGACAGCGGCCAUAUGUCCGUCUAUUUCGACCAUGCCAAUACGUGGAUUGGGAGCUGUUGGGAAAAGCAAACGGGUUCAUGGGCGUCAACGGUGGUAGCACCGCAUUUAUUCCAUGCAGUCUGCGUGCUCGACUCCCUCUUUCAGUACAAUGGCACCCAACCAGGUCGUGGAUCCACAUCGCGUGAUGCGUCAAUUACAGAGACCUACAAGUUGGUCACAGUCGCAACUGCGGCACAGUUCGUAGUGUCCAAUCAUCAAACUAAGCACCCGAGUCAGCCAGGGCAGUGGGACACACAUCUGCAUUCUCGAGAUAUCGCGACAAGUACUUUGGGUAAGGCCAAGGAGCUCUUGUUUAAGAACAUUUCAUCCGUCCGCUCGUUUCGACUCGCAGUAUCUCUACUUCUUUUCGGCCUAAUCCCAGCCCCAAACCCGGGCGAUGAAUCCUCGACAUUCGAAGAGGAUACAACCUUUGCCCUUUGCGAAGGUGUCCGACGCGUUAAAAUGCUUUGUUAUCAGGCACGAGCUUGCGUUCUCGCGUAUGACAAAGAGGGAAGCUCUCGAUGCUCCAAAUUAAAGCCUUGCUUAGUGCAGAUGCUUCCCAAAGAUGUCCGAGAAAAUAUUCUGGAGCUCAUUGCUGCCAUUGAGUGGUUGAGUAUCAUGACCAACUGCAUGACCAUUGUGUUAUCUGACGGGAAGACUUGUCCCCUGCCGCCUCUGGAAAUGUGUGAUACCGCUGUCGAGUGCCCCCCAAGCGCGAAAGAAACGAAUCAGGCUUCAAGUUUUGAUCUUUCGUCAGUAGACCUGUUGCAUGACUAUGAGAUCGACAACUCGAUUACCUCACGUGCAAAGGAAGGUGAAUGUGCGUUGAUCCCACUGUUAUGCAAGUACAGCUCGGAGGAUCUUGUGCUUCAGGCGGCCAGGCAGUCGGGUGCAGUGGAGAUCCUCUUGUGGAUAUGUCUGGCUUCCUUCACCCAGGAUAUCGAAAAUAUCAUAAACGGCAAUCCAAACUAUGAAGUGGUCUACCGACAGUAUACCAUUGCUGUCAGGCUGGUGGAACUGUGGAGGUUAUCGUUUGGCACACUUGACGACAAGACGGCAUUUUGCAUCGAACGCUCGACCUCUGAUAUACGACGGCUGGCUGGGUUUUGUUUGAAUGAUGGUGAUCUAGCCAUUUUGGCAUUUUGUGCAACUGCACAGAAACUUGAGACAUACCUGGAAGGACAGCCAUCAAUCCCGCAAACAGAAUCCCUCUCGAGAAUGCUGCGAUCAUCGAGGUCGUACCGCAAAAAGCAACGGCUUCUUGCUGCGCAGCAGCUGGCUACCUUUGCCAAGGUAUCGCAAGGGAUUGCAAGUUCUGGCUUUCAAGGAAAGUGUGGCUUGAAAGCCCACAUUCAGGAUAUUGCCGCACACCCAGUGAGUGUCUCCGUAUUCUAA